AGUGGGCGUAAAGAUUUAAAACGCCUUCUUCGAACACCUUCUCUCUCUUUGCCCUCUCUCUCCUCUCUCUCUCUCUUCCAUCCCUCUUCAACAAAACCGACUACAGAGCCAGAGCACAAAUCAGAGAGCUCCCUCCUAUAUAUCUAAAUUCCUAAUCUUCUAUGUGACCUAGACUCUCUCCUUCUAACCCUAUUUCCUCUAAAAUUCUCCGACUCUUUCGUCUUUCGAUCCCCAUUCUUCGGCGCCUAAGAUUCACUCAACCUGUAAAGCUCGGCGUUUCGUCUCAGAAGACACUCCAUUGCAGUGAAUGCUUAUGGGUUGUGGUAAGUCAGGGUUUUGGAAUCGUAGAGAUCAGUUUCGGGUUUCCGGUGAUUGCUCGUCCGGUUAACUUGUUCGGCCUGCAGCGCAUCUGAAAGGAAAUAUGGCUCUUCAGAAAUAUUUUCCCUCUGGUGAUGCUCCUUCUGUCAAUAUGAAAAUGUUGAGUUUUUCUAAUAAGGCAAUUGAGAAAGGUCAACUUGCAGAUCCAGAGAUGAGUCCUACAGAGGCUGAUGUGGAUAUUGAUCUGAGAGAGGUUUAUUUUCUGAUUAUGCAUUUCCUAUCUGCCGGGCCAUGUCACAGGACUUAUGGACAGUUUUGGAAUGAACUUCUUGAACACCAACUUUUACCUAGAAGAUAUCAUGCUUGGUAUUCCAGGAGUGGGAGACAUAGCGGGGACGAAAAUGAUGAUGGCCUGUCUUUCCCAUUAAGUUACAAUAAGUUGGUAGAGAGGUAUCCUCACAUUGAAAAGGAUCAUGUGGUAAAGCUUCUGAAGCAACUGAUACUGAGUGCGGCUGCUCCGUCACAAAGCUUGGUUGGUGGGGAUGCUUUAAAUGCUGCUGCAGUUCCUACUCUUUUGGGAACUGGGUCAUUUUCUCUUCUGGGCUAUGAUCAAAAUAAGAACAAUAAUGAAGUCAAACCUCCACCUUCUUACAUGCGUUGGCCUCAUAUGCAAGCUGAUCAGGUGCGUGGAUUAAGUUUGAGGGAAAUUGGUGGUGGCUUCGCAAGGCACCAUCGUGCACCAUCUAUCCGCGCAGCAUGCUAUGCUAUUGCAAAACCAUCUACUAUGGUGCAGAAGAUGCAAAACAUUAAGAAGCUUAGGGGACACCGGGAUGCUGUCUAUUGUGCUAUAUUUGAUCGAUCAGGAAGAUAUGUUAUUACUGGUUCUGAUGAUCGCCUUGUAAAGAUCUGGUCAAUGGAAACCGCAUAUUGCUUGGCUAGCUGUCGUGGACAUGAAGGUGACAUUACUGACUUAGCUGUGACUUCCAACAACGCUUUAGUGGCUUCUGCUUCAAAUGACUGUAUCAUUCGAGUUUGGCGGUUACCUGAUGGUCUGCCGAUUUCAGUUUUGCGUGGGCAUACAAAAGCUGUUACUGCCAUUGCGUUUAGUCCUAGACCAGGCUCUGCAUACCAACUUUUAUCGUCAUCUGAUGAUGGGACAUGUAGGAUAUGGGAUGCUAGGUACUCCCAUAUCAGUCCACGUAUAUAUGUUCCAAGACCUCCUGAUUCCAUAGCUGGAAAGAACAAUGGUCCAUCUUCAAGUACUGCUCAGCAGAGCCAUCAAAUUUUUUGUUGUGCAUUUAAUGCUAAUGGAACAGUCUUUGUCACUGGUAGCUCAGACACUCUUGCAAGGGUGUGGAGUGCUUGUAGAUCGAACGCAGAUGACGCACAGCAACCAAAUCACGAGAUGGAUGUUCUAGCUGGGCAUGAAAAUGAUGUCAAUUAUGUGCAAUUCAGUGGCUGUGCUGUGGCAGCUAGAUUUUCUAUGGCUGACACCUCGAAGGAAGAGAAUAUUCCAAAGUUCAAAAAUACGUGGUUUACUCAUGACAAUAUAGUUACCUGUUCUCGCGAUGGCAGUGCAAUCAUUUGGAUUCCAAGGUCACGUAGAUCGCAUGGAAAGGUUGGACGUUGGACACGAGCAUAUCAUCUGAAAGUUCCACCGCCACCAAUGCCACCUCAACCUCCAAGAGGAGGUCCACGGCAAAGAAUUCUUCCAACUCCUCGGGGUGUUAAUAUGAUUGUAUGGAGCCUAGACAACCGCUUUGUCCUUGCUGCUAUCAUGGAUUGCAGAAUAUGUGUCUGGAAUGCUGUUGAUGGUAGCCUGGUACAUUCUUUGACGGGUCAUAGUGCAUCUACUUAUGUUCUGGAUGUUCAUCCUUUCAACCCCCGAAUAGCUAUGAGUGCUGGUUAUGAUGGAAAAACAAUAGUGUGGGAUAUAUGGGAAGGAACACCUAUUCGGAUAUAUGAAAUUGGACGCUUCAAGUUGGUUGAUGGAAAGUUUUCUCCGGAUGGGACAUCAAUUAUACUUUCAGAUGAUGUUGGUCAAUUAUACAUAUUGAACACAGGCCAAGGGGAGUCCCAAAUGGAUGCCAAAUAUGAUCAGUUCUUCCUUGGGGAUUAUCGCCCCCUUAUUCAAGAUACCCAUGGGAAUGUUCUUGACCAGGAAACUCAACUUGUCCCUUAUAGGAGGAACAUACAAGAUCUGCUUUGUGAUUCAGCCAUCAUUCCAUACCCAGAGCCUUAUCAAAGCAUGUAUCAGCAACGGCGGUUAGGAGCUCUGGGUAUCGAGUGGUCCCCGUCUUCUGUAAGAUUCGCCGUGGGGGCAGAGUUCAAUCUGGAACAAGAUUACCAAAUGCUUCCCAUAAGGGACCUGGAUAUAGUGCUCGAUCCACUACCUGAGUUUAUAGAUGCUAUGGAUUGGGAACCAGAAAAUGAAGUGCAAAGUGAAGAUAGUGAUUCAGAAUAUAAUGUUACUGAGGAGUAUUCUUCUGGAGGUGAGCAAGGAAGUUUAGGUUCUAAUUCUUCAGGUGAUCCAGAGUGCAGUGUCGAAGACAGUGACGUUGAGAACGCUCAUCAAGAUGGUCUACGCAGAUCAAGAAGGAAAAAACAUAAGGCAGACGUAGAGAUCACAACAGCUUCUGGAAGGCGUGUUAAGAGGAGGAAUUUGGACGAAUGCGAUGGCAGUUCUCUUAGAAAUGACCGAACUAGGAAAUCUAGAAAUGGACGAAAAGUUUCAAGGCGGAAGUCUUCUUUAUCAAAGUCAUUGAGGCCUCAAAGAGCUGCUGCACGCAAUGCUCUUACUAUGUUUUCUCGAUUUAAAAGAUCUACAGAUGGAGAAGAUGCAGAUGGCUUAGAAGAUGAUGCUUCAGAAAGUGAAUCCACACUUCAGGAUUCAAACAUUGAGAGUGAAGAAUCUGAUGAGUUACCUCAAAAUGAACACCACGAUAAUUCAAAAGGGAAAAAAGUAUUUAUGGAUGAGUCAGAGUUUGUGAAUAAACCUCCUGAAUGCUCUGAAUCUCAUUUGAAUGCUGGAAACAGGAGGAGAUUAGUCCUCAAAUUGCCAAUUCGUGAUUUAAAUAAGCUUGCACCUCCAGAGAACAGAAUACUGAAAUGUGACAACAAGGCUGAUGUAGGCUCAUCAUCUAAACCUAUACAUGAUUCUAAUGAAGUAAAUAGGGAUUACUCUCAAGGUCCGGAUAACUCAUCUGGCGACUUCAAGUGGGGAAAAACUGAAGGAAGUGAGGGGCAAGCUUCAAAGGCUGAACAUCAUUUAGACCUGUUUGAAGGAUACAAUGAUGGGAAGAUUAGAUGGGGAGGGGUCAAGGCUCGCACAUCCAAACGGCUGAAAAUGGGGGAACCCUUGCCAUCUGGUACCUAUGCAGGAUCUGUUUCAUGUCUCGAUGAUGCUGUUAAGAUUGAGAAUGCUGCCAAUGGGUUCUCUAUAUCUGAAGAGUGUGGUAAAACUUACCCUUGUUCAGAAACCCAAAAUGAAGAAAAUGGAGGUCGGAAGGACGAAACAGUUCAAAUGGACCAGCAAUGUUAUGGAGCUGCUACUCCUCAAGUUCUGGAUGGUGCAAGAAAUGGAAAUGAGAACUCUGAAAUUGAUGAAUGGAAGGAUUAUGACAGAUCUCCAAAACAGUGUCACAAGGAUGUUGAUGAUACAACUACAUCUUCUGUUCCCUGCGGUAAUGGGACUGGAAGCCCGUCUGAAUAUACAGAGAAGCCUAAACCUAUCUCAACAAAGUUGAGGAUAAGGUCCAAAAGGAUUUCAAGGGAUGGUGAAAGUCCUUCCAAGCUAAAAAUUAAAUCUUCAGCUGAAGAGUGGAAGAACAACGGUGGUGAUGAGUUAGGUGAAAGCCCUUUGGGCACAGAGCAUAAUCUAAAUUCAAAGGUGCUUGAUUAUGAUGGCAUCGAUAAAACCAGUUUGGAACAUGGAGAGCAGAAUGGUGUACUAAAUUCAGAGGCUCAAAUUGAUAGGAUUUCAAGGCCUGUUUUGCAAGAUUCGCAGAAGUUGCAUUCACAUGAUAAGAUGUACAAUGCUGUUUAUAGAAGGUCCAAGUCAUUUAGGGGUAGAAGUGAUCUAGCAGGUAACAGUGGAGGCAUGGUAGUAGCAAGCACUUCUGAUGCAACCAAUCAUAAUCUUGAUGCAGAAGUAGACUUCCCUGAAGCCACAACUAAUGGGGUUCAUAGGACACGGUCUAUGGGACUCAGAGCAAUCAUUCGUGAUGCAAAUGUUGUGAGCAACAUCCCAUUGAGGGUAGAUCGUGAUGGUUCAGAAGGUACAUCAACGAGUGUAGAAAAAUCCUUCAUCAACAGAUGUAAGGAACUACCCUAUGAAGAAUGGAGAUCAAGUUCAAGAGUUACAGUUGGGCCAAGGUCGACCAGAAAUAGGAGAGGAAGUUGUCACGUUCGUGACAUUAGUCCAACAGAUAAAAGGAAAUCCCAUCAAUCAGGAAAGAACUCGUGGUUGCUGUUGACGCAUGAGGAAGUGUCCCGAUAUAUUCCCCAGCAAGGGGACGAUGUUGUGUACUUGAGGCAGGGCCAUCAGGAGUAUAUGGAUCAUAUUCGCUUGAGAAACAUAGGCCCUUGGGAAACAAUCAAGGGAAACAUCAGGGAUGUGGAAUUUUGUAAGGUUGUAGACCUCCAGUAUUCAGCAUGUUCAGGUUCUGGGGAGAGCUGCUGUAAAAUGACACUUCAAUUUGUAGAUCCUUCUUCCAGUGUGACUGGUAAAUCAUUCACAUUGACUCUGCCAGAAGUGGUUGGAUUUCCGGACUUCCUUGUUGAAAGAACUAGGUAUGAUGCUGCUAUGCGGAGAAAUUGGACACACAGGGAUAAAUGCCAAGUCUGGUGGAAGAAUGAUGGUGAGGAAGAUGGGAGUUGGUGGAAUGGCCGGAUCGUGGCUGUGAAGGCCAAAUCUCCUGAAUUUCCAGACAGCCCUUGGGAAAAGUUUUAUGUUCAGUACAAGAAUGAUCAGGAAGGACCGCAUCCGCAUAGUCCUUGGGAACUAUAUGAUGCUGAUACCCAGUGGGAGCAACCCCAUAUUGAUGAUGAGAUCAGAGAAAAGUUGCUGCAUUCUUUUGCCAAACUGGAGCAAUCAGGGAACAGAGUUCAGGAUCGUUAUGGGGUUCAAAAAUUGACACAGGUUUCUCAGAGGUCAAAUUUUGUUAACAGGUUUCCGGUUCCAUUGUCUCUUGAAGUGAUCCGGUCUAGAUUAGAGAACAGCUACUAUCGAAGUUUGGAGGCGAUGAAGCAUGACGUUGCAGUCAUGUUGUCAAAUGCUGAAUCAUACUUUGGAAGAAACGCAGAGCUUUCAGUGAAAAUGAGACACUUAUCAGACUGGUUCACACGGACUCUAUCAUCUUUGUAGGUUUAUUGGAUACAAUUUUGUAGAAAAAUCAGCCAGUAUUGAGGUUGGACCUAGCCCUUCCGUUUUCUUUUUUAGAAAAAUCAUCUUUGUAGAUAUGUUUUCCUUUCUUAUUUAUUGGUCUUUUUUUUUUUUUUUGGGCCCUUCUGGAUACUCAUUGGUCCAGUUUGGGAAAUUGGUUGAUAGAGAGGGAAGGAGGGACAUAUCUCAAGGUGAUUAGCUGGUUUAUGGGGAAAUUAAUCCACCAAAAAAUCAUUCGUGUAUAGACAGCUUAAAAAUUAUCAGUUGAUAAUGAUCAAAGAAAAAUGAAAGUUUUAAUCUGUUCCA